AUGUUUUGCCAAAAGCUGCGAUCGAAGAUCGCAGCUUUCAAGAUUAUAAGGAGGAAUCUUAGUUUGAAUGCUGAGUUGCGGGCUACAUUAGGAAAAAUUCCCGACUCCGGAGUGGUUGUUGUGGGGGGCGGACAUGCUGGCUGUGAAGCAGCGGCUGGGUCAUCCCGUUCUGGCGCUUCUACUGUUCUAGUAACGCCAUUUCUGGAUAAAAUCGGAACCUGCUCCUGCAAUCCGUCGAUGGGUGGUGUUGGGAAGGGAACGCUCCUCAGAGAAGUAGAUGCGCUAGACGGUGUUGCGCCUAAGGUUACGGAUCAAGCAGGUAUUCAGUACAAGAUGUUAAACAAGAGCAGAGGAGCAGCUGUGUGGGGCCCACGGGCACAGAUCGAUAGAGAUAUUUACCUUACAGAAAUGCAAAAGGCGCUCUUGAAUUACAAAAACUUGACGCUGUAUGAGGGUAAAGUCAAAGAUUUGAUUAUUGACACUGAAAAAUCAAGCAGGGAAACCGGUAGCCAUGGUUUAGUGGUGGGUGUGAUAUUAGAAGACGGUAGGAUUCUGAAGACCUCCAGUGUGGUCAUCACAACAGGUACAUUUCUCAGUGCUGAAAUUCACAUAGGUAUGAAAAGCUUUCCAGCGGGCAGGAUGGGUGAAGAUCCGACCUAUGGCAUCAGUGGAACUUUACGUGACGCUGGUUUCAAGCUUGGAAGGCUUAAAACAGGUACGCCUGCGCGCUUAGAUGGGCGGACAAUUGAUUAUACUCAUUUGGAAAAACAAUAUGGGGAUAAUCCUCCCCAUCCAAUGAGUUUCGUGAAUGAAAAUGUUGCUAUCAAAGACCAGGUGCUGUGUCAUGGGACAUACACGACGCCGGCCAUUCACGAGUACUUGAAAGCCAACUUCCACCAAGCACUGCAUAUACGAGAAACCAUUCGUGGUCCACGCUACUGUCCCUCUAUCGAGGCCAAAAUUACACGGUUUGCUGAUAAGGACUCGCAUAAAAUUUGGCUUGAACCUGAAGGUUUAAAUUCUCACACUGUAUAUCCCAAUGGUAUUUCUAACUCAAUGCCGGAGGACGUUCAGAUGAAGUUUAUGCGAAUGAUACCGGGUCUCGAAAAAGUUGAUAUUUUGCAGCCUGCGUACGGGGUAGAAUACGAUUAUAUCGAUCCACGCGCGCUGCACGCCACUUUGGAAACAAAACCCGUAACUGGUCUUUUUUUGGCGGGCCAAAUCAAUGGUACCACAGGGUACGAGGAAGCUUGUGCGCAAGGCAUCGUUGCAGGAAUCAACGCCGGUUUGGCCAACCAGGGGAAACCGCCUUUUAUUCUUUCGAGAUCAGACGGUUACAUUGGCGUCUUGAUUGACGAUUUGAUUACCAAGGGUGUUGAAGAGCCCUAUAGAAUGUUUACUUCUAGAUCUGAGUUUCGUGUAAGUGUUCGCGCCGAUAAUGCUGAUCUUCGUCUGACACCGCUUGCGCGGCAAGCUGGCGUGAUCAGCGAUGAAAGAUGGAGAAGCUUUCAGUCCCAUAAGCAGCUGUUCACUGAGAUUGUUACCAAGUUAUCAACUUUCGAACUGAGUGCCAGAAAAUGGGAAAAUGUUCUAGGACUUCCCGUGGCUGACAGUGCGAGAAAUAGAACCGCGUGGGAAAUGUUCAGAUUUACAGGGGUGGACUACGAGCGUUUAGUGAGCAAUGUCCCGGAUCUUAAGAGUGACAAUUCCCAGAUCCCGAAACACGUUUUACUUAAAGUCAAUGUUGAGGGAAAAUACGCUCCUUACAUCAAGAAACAGGAGCAGUACAUUAGAGCUUUUCAGGCUGACGAAAACAUGACACUGCCGCAGGGCUUCGACUAUUCUAGCAUGCCUUCCCUCAGCUCUGAGUGCAAAGGAAUUUUAAAUUUAGUUCAGCCGGCCACCAUUGGGCAAGCCAGAAGGAUACAAGGCAUCACACCAGCGUCACUUUUUGAACUAUACAAAUUAACAAGGUUUAGGCAACACAACCUUAACAAAAUUGCCACUGACAACGAUAGAAAAUAG